GAGUCAAACGCUAAACUGUAGUCUGAUGUAAAGGCCUAGUUACACAUGAAAUUUGUUGCAUUUUCCUAUUUUUAGGUUUCAAAAAAUGCUAAAAACAUCAUAAAUUAUUUGUGAUAUUUGUUGCAAUAAUCAUGAUACCCACCUUUCAUACUAAAAAGCACAUCUUAGGUGUUCGGCGGUAGUAUACAGAUGUUCGGCGGUGGUUGCACAUAACUUUUACAGUAUUCUAUCACAUUAUUAAUACAAAUAAGUUCAUUAAAUGAAUUAAAUACGUUGAAUUAUUCACAUAUGGUCUGUUUUGGGGAUUUAUUUUUAAUAAAUACACAAUAUUUUUGGUGUUCGGCUGUGUCUGGCGGUAAAAAUACCCACCGCACUCGAUGAAAACAAAGAUGGAUGAAUACGAGUGUCCAACCACGAGUAAACGGGUUAAAUUAUCGAGUUCUCACAUAACUGUGGAUGAUUUGUCAAUCUCUGAUAAAUCUGAUUUAACGACAGCUUUUUAUAAACUUUGUUCAACUCAUAGGGCAAAUAAUAUUAUGCUGAUACCGUACAAAGUAAAUUCGUGUAAUGCAGCGAUUUCAAGUGGAGGAGUAGCCUUUUCUAAAGCAUAUUGCGAUUUAGAAACGUUAGAGAAAGGUUUCUUUUUGGGAGAUAUAUUUAGAAAGGGGCUAGAUAUCGGAAUUGAUUUCUUAAACGGAAAAACUCCUGAUGCAAAACAUGAAAAAAUUUUGCUGGAAAAACUUGUCAACUUUCUGAAAGUGGGUGAGAAGGUUGAUGUGGACUUUGAAAAUGAAACUGACACAACAACUGUGCUAGCCAAUCAUCUUUUUGCAAAGUUAGCAAUUUCAUCAUACUAUACAAUUGACAAAAGCUGCCAGAGUAAAAGAAAUGGAAAUAAGUGCAGCUGUAGUGAUGAAAAUUGUUUGUUGACUGGGUGCUUUGGAGAUACAAGUAUAGGUAACACCAAAGUGUGGCAUGGUAGUGUAGACAUUAUCAUUGAGAAUGACAUUGUAAUUGAAAACUUGGAAGACGAACUGGACUCGCCUGGUGGAAAAUCUCCCGUGGAACUUAAGAUGAAGAGCAAGUCUUUGAGUAAAAAUCCACAGCUGGUUGCUAAAGCUAUUGUGUUUUCUUUCCUUCAGAAGAAAAGACACCCAGAGCUAUCUAAUUUCGUUAUUCCAUGUGUAGGCAUUGCAGAUAAUGCCAUGCUUUUGAUGUUUUAUGAUUCAGAACAUGAUGUACUUCUAGAGAGUUCUACUGUUCCACUUCAUUCAGCAACGUGCAGAAACAAAUUUUCUGUAGAGGCAGUGUUGAUAACCUGGUUAGCAGUCAACUAUAGAUUUCUCUGUACUGGUUUAACAGAUGACAUGCUUUCACACCAAGCAGGCUUUUUUAGGCAAGCAAAAGACUGUAUAACUGUUUAUGAAAAUAAUCUUUCAAUGCAAAAUGUAGGUCCACCUCCAGUAAAAGAGAUAGUUUUACCAAGCGAAUGGAGUUAUAAUGCUUAUUUGUUAGAAAAACAAAACAGACUAAAUGAAGUUUCCAUGAAAUUGACACUUAAUUAAGAAGGGAAAGUAGUGUCUUUUAGUUUGCAGCCAUCCGUCAGCAAGUUGUGGCGUCUCAGUAUGUGUUCAUGUGUUACUAUAGCAAGACAUGUCCUAUUUUUAAAAUGUCUUUUAUUUGAAGUUUUAUGGGAUGUCUGAUAUCAGUAAGAUCCUAAACCACUGUGUAUGCAGUUUAGCAUUUAGAUAUGGAAACUGAAAAAUCCUAUGGAGUGAUGUCAAGGCAAUAAGUGGUGUAUCGCUGGAGAUGAUCAUCAAAAUUAUCCUUAAAGAACUACUUUUUUUUAUCUUUGAAAUGUGUAGGCAAUCAUCAACAGCAUAUAAAAACAUUUUAGUCUCUUUAAGACAUAUUCCUGUCUGCGGACAUGAUUUUUAAACAGCUUGGUGCUCCAAGACAUUCAAUGAUGCUGCAGUUCUUGUCUGCUAUUUUCAGUGACCAUCUAUGAUAAGCAAUUUAAAACAGUCAUAUCUUCUCUAAUUUAAUAAAGAAUUUCACCAAAUGAAUGUAAUAAUUCUUGUAGAGGCAGAUGAAAUAUUGUAUAUCUUCAUGCACUACAACAGUACAAUUUAUAAUUUCACAAAAAUGUCUAAGUGAUGAAAAAGUACAAAAAACCUGACUUGUUCCAUGAGGCGUAUUUUAUCUUGAUGAUAUCCCUGUAUAUUUUUAAUGAUCUUCAGAAAACAUAAAAUCUUUGUAUAUUUACUGGAGUAUAUGCUUUUAUUUUUGCCGGGUUUUAGUGAAUUCAUGCCAAUAACACUCUCACAAUACAAUUUGUCCAUGAACUUUUCUAACAACCCUUGUAUAAUUGGGGGGGAAAAGUUCAAUCAAAUUGUCAUCUUGUCUAAAUGCAGUGUACAUGUAUAUAUUUCAAUGAAUUGUUUCUUUGAUUACUUUGUAUCAUUUACAAUCUUUUUACAUGCAUAGAUCAAAUCUGUGCUCCAAAUGAAAUCGAUACAGAAAUUGUUAUACCAUAAGAUAUGAUUUUCCCAAGAAUUCUCCUAUUUCAUUGCUAUUAUCAGAAAAAUAAGAUCAAGAAAUGAAGAGGUCUGCAAAUAAUUUUUCUGAUAUACUCGGGGAAAUGAUUCAGAUAAGAACUAUGAUUGCAUAAAAACUCAACAUAUAUAUUUACUUACAAUUAUAAUUAUAACGAUUUGAAUUUAAUUUUGAUAAAAAUGAUCCCGCUUACCUCACCAGGGUCUAUGAAUAUUCCUGGUUGGAAACCUUAUCGUUUUGAAAAAUCAUGAAAUGCUGCACUCAUGUGUAUGAGGACAAUGGAUUUUCUUUAAAGUACUAAUGUUUACUGUUAGUGAAAUAAAUAUAUGAAAACUA